AGGAGAGAUAGAGAGGCAGAAAUGAAAGGGAAAAGGAGAGCGCAGCGAGCGCGCAGAUGGAGAGCGAACCAAGGCAAGCGAAGCUGAGCGCUGGAGGCGCGGCGCUCCGCUCCUGCAUUAACUCCGUGCCGGCUUUUGCGGGAGGCCGGCGGCGCGGGGCCCUUUGGAAAUAGAAUAGCCAAUGUAAUCUGACACUUCAACUUGCUCGGCUCCGGGCGAGUUGAUUCACUUACUCACCCCCUAACGCCGAGUUCCUUUUCACUGUCUGUGGACAUUAAAAAAGCAAGCGGCGGCGGCGGGCGCCCGGAGAGCGAGCGGCCGGGCGGGCGAGCAGCGAUCGGGCCGCCGAGCAAGGGAGCAGCGCCGGCGCAGCGCGGUGACCCCAGCCCCGGCCAGCUGGAAGCCGGAGCCGGAGUCGGAGCCGAGCAGAUCUCCGCGCUCUCCCUGCGCUCCUCCCGGCUCCAGCCGGCCCUACCCGGCGGUGGCGGCGGCGCGUCCUCCAGCGGUGGCAGCGGCGCUCGCAGCGCCCGAACUUGUGGCCACUGUGCUUGGACCGCAUAGAACCCACUCAGCACCUCUUUCACGGCAGCCUCCCUUCCCCAACAUUGCCACAGCCUGGAGUUGUGAUCGACUGGCAGAAGCCUUAGCAGGAGGAUGGACCUUGAGUGAAGUGGAGGGCCUGUGAGCUACUGACCAGUGCAGGGACACUAGGGACUACACGGAGACUGGACCACGUUCAUGGCUCUCGGGUAGAACCCAGCGAAACGGCCAGAAUGAAUUCUAUGGACAGGCACAUCCAGCAGACCAAUGACCGUCUGCAGUGCAUCAAGCAGCACUUACAGAACCCCGCCAACUUCCACAAUGCUGCUACCGAGCUGCUGGAUUGGUGUGGAGAUCCUCGAGCCUUCCAGCGGCCCUUUGAGCAGAGCCUCAUGGGCUGCCUGACGGUUGUCAGCCGCGUGGCUGCCCAACAGGGGUUUGACCUGGACCUGGGCUACAGACUUUUGGCCGUGUGUGCUGCAAAUCGAGACAAGUUCACCCCCAAGUCUGCUGCCCUGCUGUCCUCCUGGUGUGAAGAACUUGGCCGUCUGCUGUUGCUCCGACAUCAGAAGAGCCGCCAGAACGACCCCCCUGGGAAACUCCCCAUGCAGCCCCCCCUCAACUCCAUGAGCUCCAUGAAACCCACUCUGUCGCACAGUGAUGGGUCAUUUCCUUAUGACUCGGUCCCUUGGCAGCAGAACACCAAUCAGCCUCCCGGCUCCCUGUCCGUGGUCACCACGGUGUGGGGAGUGACCAACACAUCCCAGAGUCAGGUCCUCGGGAACCCUAUGGCCAAUGCCAACAACCCUAUGAAUCCAGGUGGCAACCCCAUGGCAUCAGGCAUGAGCACCAGCAACCCUGGCCUCAACUCCCCACAAUUCGCAGGGCAGCAGCAACAGUUCUCCACCAAAGCUGGCCCUGCACAACCCUAUAUCCAACCCAACAUGUAUGGCCGACCCGGCUACCCCGGCAGUGGGGGCUUCGGAGCCAGUUACCCUGGGGGUCCUAGUGCCCCUGCCGGCAUGGGCAUCCCUCCACACACCCGGCCUCCUGCUGAUUUCACCCAACCAGCUGCUGCUGCUGCUGCAGCUGCAGUAGCAGCAGCCGCUGCCACAGCCACUGCCACAGCCACAGCUACAGUGGCAGCCUUGCAAGAGACUCAGAACAAGGAUAUAAACCAGUAUGGACCGGUGUGUUCCUCUUUCCAGAUGGGUCCCACCCAGGCGUAUAACAGCCAAUUCAUGAACCAACCCGGGCCUCGGGGGCCUGCCUCCAUGGGGGGCAGCAUGAACCCUGCCAGCAUGGCAGCUGGCAUGACACCCUCGGGGAUGAGCGGCCCUCCCAUGGGCAUGAACCAGCCCCGACCACCUGGCAUCAGCCCCUUUGGCACACAUGGGCAAAGGAUGCCCCAACAGACCUACCCAGGCCCCCGGCCCCAGUCCCUUCCUAUUCAGAGCAUAAAGAGGCCCUACCCAGGAGAGCCUAACUAUGGAAACCAGCAAUAUGGACCAAACAGCCAGUUCCCCACCCAGCCAGGCCAGUACCCCACCCCCAACCCCCCAAGGCCACUUACUUCUCCCAACUACCCUGGACAAAGGAUGCCGAGCCAACCCAGCACUGGGCAGUACCCACCCCCCACGGUCAACAUGGGGCAGUAUUACAAGCCAGAGCAGUUCAAUGGGCAGAAUAACACCUUCUCUGGAAGCAGCUACAGCAGUUACAGCCAAGGGAGCGUCAACAGGCCUCCCAGGCCGGUUCCUGUGGCAAAUUACCCCCACUCACCUGUUCCAGGGAACCCCACACCCCCCAUGACUCCUGGGAGCAGCAUACCUCCCUACCUGUCCCCCAGCCAAGAUGUCAAGCCACCCUUCCCACCUGACAUCAAGCCAAAUAUGAACGCUCUGCCACCACCCCCAGCCAACCACAAUGAUGAGCUACGACUCACAUUCCCUGUACGGGAUGGCGUGGUUCUGGAGCCCUUCCGCCUGGAGCACAACCUGGCUGUCAGCAACCAUGUGUUCCACCUGCGGCCCACGGUUCAUCAGACGCUGAUGUGGAGGUCAGACCUGGAGCUGCAGUUCAAGUGCUACCAUCAUGAGGAUCGACAGAUGAACACCAACUGGCCAGCCUCGGUGCAGGUCAGCGUCAACGCCACACCCCUCACAAUCGAGCGAGGCGACAACAAGACCUCCCACAAGCCCCUGCACCUCAAGCAUGUAUGCCAGCCGGGCCGUAACACCAUCCAGAUCACUGUCACCGCCUGCUGCUGUUCCCACCUCUUCGUGCUGCAGCUGGUACACAGGCCGUCCGUGCGCUCCGUGCUGCAGGGCCUCCUCAAGAAGCGCCUACUACCUGCCGAGCACUGCAUCACAAAAAUCAAGCGGAAUUUCAGCAGUGUGGCCGCCUCCUCGGGCAACACAACUCUCAACGGGGAGGAUGGUGUGGAGCAGACAGCCAUCAAGGUGUCUCUGAAGUGCCCCAUCACAUUCCGGCGCAUACAGCUGCCUGCUCGAGGCCACGAUUGCAAGCAUGUUCAGUGCUUUGACCUGGAGUCGUAUCUCCAGCUGAAUUGUGAGCGAGGGACCUGGAGGUGUCCUGUGUGCAAUAAAACUGCUCUGCUUGAGGGUCUAGAGGUGGAUCAGUAUAUGUGGGGGAUCCUGAAUGCCAUCCAACACUCCGAGUUUGAAGAGGUCACCAUUGACCCCACAUGCAGCUGGCGGCCAGUGCCCAUCAAGUCAGACCUCCACAUCAAGGAUGACCCCGAUGGCAUCCCCUCAAAGCGGUUUAAAACUAUGAGCCCCAGCCAGAUGAUCAUGCCCAAUGUCAUGGAGAUGAUCGCUGCUCUGGGCCCUGGCCCAUCUCCCUACCCCCUCCCACCUCCUCCUGGGGGCACCAGUUCCAACGACUACAGCAACCAAGGAAACAACUACCAGAGCCAUGGCAAUUUUGACUUCCCCCAUGGGAAUCCCGGAGGGACAUCUAUGAACGACUUCAUGCAUGGUCCCCCCCAGCUCUCUCACCCACCGGACAUGCCCAACAACAUGGCUGCCCUCGAGAAACCCCUCAGCCACCCCAUGCAGGAAACUAUGCCCCACGCUGGCAGUUCUGACCAGCCCCAUCCCUCCAUACAACAAGGUUUGCACGUACCACACCCCAGCAGCCAGGCAGGGCCUCCAUUACAUCACAGUGGGGCUCCUCCUCCUUCCCAGCCUCCCCGGCAGCCACCACAGGCCGCUCCCAGCAACCAUCCACACAGCGACCUGACCUUUAACCCCUCCUCAGCCUUAGAGGGUCAGGCCGGAGCACAGGGAGCAUCCGACAUGCCGGAACCUUCACUGGAUCUACUGCCGGAACUCACAAACCCUGACGAGCUCCUCUCCUACCUGGACCCCCCCGACCUUCCAAGCAAUAGCAACGAUGACCUCCUGUCUCUCUUUGAGAACAACUGAAGGCCACCUUCCAUUAGGCCAUCCCUACCCACUAUGCCUCCUGCCCCAUCUGUCCCACAUACUUUUCCUCACAGGAGCCCAUGUUCAGGCCUCCUGCACCAGGACCUCAGAUUGGGGGCUGAGCAGAGCACACUAGGCAGGGAAGGCCAUGUGGAUCUGCAGACCUAUUUUCCUGAAUGCUCCAGGGCCUGUACCCAGAGUGAGCCUGAAGAAGGCCCCUGGAAGAUGAACCCCAGCUGAGGGGAUCCAGUCCCAGCAAGAGACAUGCCAGUGGCGACUAUAGGUCCCUCCAUAUGUGCUGACUCCAGACGACCGACCUUCCAGUGCCCCAAAGUUCUUCCAUGUUUUUAAACCAUAUCCCUGCCUCCUGGCCCAGAGCCUCCUUCAAGUGACUGGAACCUGAGAGAAGCCUGCACUCCCACCCCCAGGCCAGGGAAGUGGACAACCUUGGAGGAGUGGUGACAGUUUACAGCAGUGAGGAAGGCCACCCCCAUACACACACACACACACACACACACACAACACCCACAGAAAAGCACAAACCUCUGGGAAGGAGAACAUCCCUCAGGGCCAAGGGUCGUGGCUUUGGCCUAUGACUCCUAAGACAAGAUGCCCUAGAAACACACUCUCAGCAGAACAAGGACAGAGUGCUGUGUCUGAGAAGGCUUGCCGCUCCUGUUUGGGGGCUGGUGGGACACAGGUCAGGGCCUUCCAUGGAGCCAGGACAAUGCAUAGGAGGGCUCCUCAACUAAAACCAGGGCCAAAGCUUGCAGUGAGCAGAGAGCAUGUGCACAAGUGUGCAGCCCACCAAAAUGUGCCCUCUGUUGGGGCUUUUGGGAAGAUGCCAGCUAGAGCCCAACAGGAGCAGCCAAAGCCUUGCAGCCCCAAGCUACUCCCUGCUUUUAAUGACCACAGUGGAAAGCUCUGAAGUCACCUAAGGAAAGGAUCAUUGCAUCUGGACAGCAAGCAAACCAUUUCCCUCCAUGUUCUCUUUCCUUCCUCCUGCCCAUACAUACCCUCCGUCUCUAAGACUAUUCCGUGGGACCCACUUUCCCCUGGGUUCUAGGUCUCCUUUCCCUAGCCAGCUGUAGGGGCACAUGGUAGAGAGGCUGGGCAGCACAAGGCAACUUGGGCAGGAACUGGGCUUCACAGCAAGAGCCCAGGGAAUCCAUGUCUCUCCAAGCUGCCAACCUGGUCCAGCAGGUUCUCCACUCAUGGCUGCCUCUGUCUCCAGCCCAGGCCAUUGCUGUGUGCACCGGGAUAUCUUGGCAGGCAGCUUGUGGCAUCUACAAAAGCUGCCUGCCAUUCUCUGUAUCCUUCCUCCACCCAGAGCUCGCGCUACACUCCUGCUCACCCAGCAAGUGCAGCCUCUGGUCCUGCUGUUCACUCCAUCCAGCUUAGAGUCCCCUGUUGGCGUGUCAUUACUGUCACCUGCUUCGUUCCAGGCUGGUCUGUGUCCCCUGAGCCUCAUGGCCUGUGGUGAUGCCAGGUUGUCCGAUCACAUGAGUCCCAUCUAUAAAUUCUUUGCUCCCUUCUCCAGUGCUACCACCCAGGGCCCUCUCCUGCCUCCUGUCCGCUGUCAGCAUCCUCAUUCAUCAUCAGUCAUCGGUUUCCCUCUGUGCUCCCUGGCACUUUGACAUAGAUUGUACCAGAAAGGUGACCCUAACUGUUGACUUACUGUCACCCUAAAAAACGGCACAAGGAAAGCUGCCAUCACCCCACUCCUCUUCUUCCUUUGUCCUGUUGUUGAGGUUUUUUCAGACAAUGUGUUCAGUAUGCAAAUCAAUUAUUUUAAGAAUCGCUUUUGUAAAUAUCUUUGUGAAUAUUUUAGUAUCGUCUUUGAUAAUAUUCGACAUUUUCAUGACCUGGUUAUAGCCUUUGCUGGUGUUUUUAAAAUAUCUUGACUCAAUGAGAAAAAACAAGUUCUUUUUUUAAAAAAACAAACAAACAACAAAAACAAAAAACAACCAGGGCUAUUUGUACAGAUGAGGGAGGAGCAGAAGGGGUAGCCAUGCCCUAGUUGAGCGACCAGGCCACCCACUAUUGAGAGCCACUCUCGGUCACCAGUAGGGACAACACUGCACCAGGUACUAUGUGGCUGUCCCUGCCCAGUGCCUGUGUCCUGGCAUACGGCCAUGCUCUGUGGCGGACCGUGUGGAUUGUUCAGCUUCAGACUGACAAAUGCCUUUCUCAGAAGUUCCUGCUUCUUGCCGUGAUACUGUGCCCCAGAACAGCCUGGGGUCCCUGCUGGUUCUUGUCAAGCUGUGCCCAGGUUCUCUACAGGUUUCCACUGCAAAAGGCCUAGACACUCCCUGUCGCCUCUCCUGCCAUCGCUCAGUUGGCACCCCUGAGGCUGAUUUUCUAGGCCCUCUCCCAGGCAAGUACGCGCCAACAAGUCCACCACAGAGCCUGAAACCCGUGCUCUGGGCAUAUCCCUUCCUGAGAAAUGUUGGAGCUCAUCCAGGGUGUGGGAGAGAGGUAUAAAGACAUCUGGGGCUGCAGCCGUGCCUUGGUAGUGACAGAUGCAGGUAAAGGUGACAUCCGUAAGCAGAGGCAGGCACAGGCUCUGGAAAGAUCCUUCCUCGGUCCUGUCUGAUAACAACUUGGAGCCAUAGUAACCUCAGAAAUGAGGCCUCAGCCAGCCACUUUACCACAAUGAGCAACCCACCCAUAGGCAUGUACCGGCCACCACUCAACAGAAUGAGCUGGGAGUCCACGGGCAGAUAAGAAGGGCUCCCCGCACAGGCGAUCACCCCCAUCUUCUUGGUUUGAAGCUUUAUUCAUGUCUCAUGUUCCCUGUAGCCAUUUUAUUUUUUAAAAGAUUCCUAAUACUUUCUCCCUAACGGAAGCCCUAACCCCCAGAGAGCUACAGGUCUGCUCCCAAUGGGCCCUUGGGCCUGACCCAUCCAGACGAGGCAGUGUGAGCGGCGGCGACUCAAGGGACGUGUGUACAUAUGUAAAUGAGAAAUAGACAUGUCAACAAGAUGCAUUCAUUUCUCUCGGAAUGUGUAUUGUUUUUAUUUUGCGAAACAAAACAAACAACAAAAGGCUUGGAACUCCAUAUUAUGUGGAAUACUAGACCCCGUUUGUUAGCAUUUGUGACUCCACCUUUGUCUCAUGUAAUAUACUCUGCCCCUGUGUGAAAAGGCAUUUUCGUUCUGUUCUGUUUUUAUUUUACCUACAUGUACUAUUUACCUUCAGUGUCCUAGCCCUGCCACCUGUGUAUUUUUAGGGUGCUAUGGAAACAAUGAAGAGAAAUGGGGAUUUCAGAAGAAAAUUGUAACCAAAUUCAUACUUUGUAUAAGUUUUUGAUAUCAUGAUCACAGGUGAUUCACACGUACACACAUCCACACCCACACGUGCAGCCUGAAGUGACGUCUAUGGAAACCGCCAUUGUCUUUGUACAUCGUAUGUACACUGCAAUCAUUUCAUACUUUUGACUGGUCAGAAAACUAAUUGUGAUUUCUAGUCUUGCAAAGCUGUAUGUAGUUAGAUGAUGUGACCUCUAAUAUUUAUCUAAUAAAUAUGUAUUCAGAUGAAACCUGUAUAUUAGGUGUUCAUGUGGUUAUUUUGUAUUUAAAGAUCAAAUUAUUUGAUUAUUGCUAGACAUUUCUAUACUCUGUUGUAACACUGAGGUAUCUCAUUUGCUCAUGUUAAUUUUUUUCUAAAUAAAUUGACAAAAACGAA